AUGAUGGAUAAUUAUGAGACGCCGCUCUUAUACUAUUCAUUGAAGCGUAAAGACAUAGAUAUGACUACUCGGGUCAUUGACAAUCAGUGGACAAUUGAGUCGGUUCCGUGGAGCAUGCCGCCACCGCCACAGCUUGUACCAAGCAAGAAUACAUCACCAAUCAAUGCUUUCGGUGAUUAUAUUUAUCCGAAAAGCGAUCGUUUAACACCGACAUAUAUGGUGACACCCAAACAACCCCCUGUACAAAAUGGAAAUAAAAUAAUCAAAAAAACAUUCAAUCGGGAGUAUCGCACAUUGAAUUGUUUGGGCAAAGGCGGUUUCGGACAGGCGUUUGAUGGUCGACGACGAUCGGACAAUACACCGGUUGUUAUUAAAUUCUUGCCGAAGGAGCGUAUUCUGAAUUGGGGAACAUUCGAUGGAAAACGUGUACCGUAUGAAAUUGAAAUUCUCUGGCGUCUUCGCGGCGUACCCGGUGUUAUCAAAAUCUUGGAGCAUUUCGAAGAGCCAGAUCGUUUUAUAUACGUGAUGGAGAAGAUUCCGAACUCGUGUACACUUUUUGAUUUUGUCAUGAAGAGUCCACCAUUGGCAAAUACGGAGCUAUUGCGUCAUAUUUUCCGAGAAAUCGUUCGUAUUAAUAUCACAUUACAAAUGUAUGGUGUUUGGCAUCGGGACUGUAAACCAGAGAAUAUUAUCUACUGUAAGAAUGAUCGUUCAUUACGUUUCAUUGAUUUUGGAUCUGCUGCACCCGUUCAAGCAGAAGACUUUCACGAAUUUCAAGGUACUUUAGAAAUCAUGGUACCCGAAUGGAUAGUUCAACGACGUUACAAUGGUGAAAAAGCAUGCGUAUGGACAAUAGGUGUGUGUUUGUUCUUUCUUCUUCAUCGUCAAUAUCCAUUCCGCACAAAACCUGACAUUGUCAAAGGACGAUCAAAUUUAGCGAAUGUAGGUGCAUUAGAUAAAGACGCUUAUCAUACGAUGAAACAAUGCUUAAAUGGUAACGAAAAUCGACGUCCGAAACUGAAUAGUCUCCAGUAUUUACCAUGGCUGAAUUAUUAG